AUGAAGUUUUCAGGCAUCGCAGCCGCCGCCAUACUGGGCGUGGCGGCCACAAAUGCCGUUGAGACUAUCUCGGCUGUUGGCAACAAGUUCUUUCUGGAAAGUGGCAAACAGUUCUUUGUGAAAGGAGUCGCUUACCAAUUGGUAGAGGAGGACCCCCUUGUGGACGGCGAGCAGUGCAGCCGGGAUGCUGCGCUCAUGAAGACGCUGGGCACCAACACUAUCCGCGUCUACCACGUCGAUGCUACCAAGGACCACACCAAGUGCAUGAACGCGUUCGCCGACGCUGGAAUCUACACUCUUAUUGACUUGGAUACGUUCGACACAUAUAUCCUGCCCAAUGCACCAUCCUGGAACCAGACCCAGGUCGAUGCGUACGCAGCUGUUAUGGAUGCCUUCAUAAAAUACGACAACGUGCUGGGCUUCUUCGUCGGCAACGAGAUCAUUGCCAUUGCGAACCAGUCCUUGGCUGCGCCCUACAUCAAGGCCUCUGUCCGCGACGUGAAGAAGCACCGCGAGUCCAAGGGCUACCGCAAGGUGCCCAUUGGCUACUCGGCUGCUGACAUCGCCGAGCUGCGGCCCAUGCUCCAGGACUACCUGACCUGCGGCGGAGACGACUCCCAGAACGUCGAUUUCUUUGCGCUCAACUCUUACGAGUGGUGUGAUGUCACGACCUACGACGUCUCGGGCUAUGCGAACCUCCAGAAGCAGGCCGUCAACUUUCCCGUGCCCAUCUUCUUCUCCGAGACGGGCUGCAACGUGCCGGGCCCCCGCCUCUUCGACGACCAGCAGGCCAUCUUCGGCAAGGAAAUGUCCUCGGACUGGAGCGGCGCCAUCAUUUACGAGUGGAUUGAGGAGGCCAACCACUACGGCCUCAUCUCUUACGGGCCCCCCGUGGCCCCGACCGCGACGGGCAGCAACAUCAGGGGCGGCUUCUCGCGGGCCGGCACCCCGACCCCCGUCUCACCCGAUUUCAACAACCUCAAGUCGCAGUGGGCCAAGAUCACCCCGUCGGGCGUCGCCCAGUCCGACUACAGUCCAAGUUUGGUCUCGACCCGCGCCUGCCCCGCCUCCACCCAGGACGGCUGGCUAGUCAAUGGCAACGUCGCCCUGCCGAGCAUCGGGCAGGUGUUUACCGGCGCUUUGUCUACGGUGCCAAUCGCGAUCCCGACCACCACCACCACCGCCGCCCUCGGAUCCGCGGCUACGACUUCGACGACAAAGAACCCGGCGCCUGCGAACAAGGAGAUUGCCGGCAUGAGCGCCGGGCUGGCUGGCGUCAUGCUCUUCUUCACCUUUUGGCUCUGA